GGGGCUCUGCCGACUUGCGCCGUCUCCCCGCCCAGGGCGAGGAGUUGCCGGGCCGGGCUGUGCCGGGCGUCCUGCCGCCCGGGCAGCUGGCGGGAGGGGCGGGCAGGGACGCGGGGCUCGCUGGAGAGGCCGCGGCCUUGCCCUCUUACCGAGUGGGUGUCGCGGGCACGGGCAGGGUGGAGGGAGCUGUAUGCAGUAUCCCGCUCCCGGCCUGUGAGGUCCCGCUCCUCGGAGCGGUGGCUUUUCCUGGUCGGGGCAGCUGAGCCCGGGUAUGUGCUCGGUCGCGCGGGGAGUUGGAGCCGUGGCGGUAUGUCUCUGAGCCCGGCCCUCGCUCGUCCAGGCGCUGGCCCGAGCUCGGGGCCUCUCUGCCCGGGCAGACGCGGGGGCGGGGGGCUGGGCGGACGGGCGGCCUUUCCCCACAGGCUCCCGGGCCCACAGCGGAGGUGAAAGUUGGCGGGUGGCCGCUGAGUCGGGACAAGAGGACUCCGGCAGCCGGUGGCUCCCGGUAGCCGGACAGUCCGCCCGGCACUCAUCUGUGUCUGUGCCCCUCCUGGGGCCAGGUGCAGGCCCGGUGGGGUUUGGCGCCGGCCUUCCCGCCCUCCCAGCCGGGCGCCAUGGCCAUGAGGGAGCUGGUGGAACCGGAGUGCGGGGGCUCCAAUCCCCUCAUGAAGCUGGCCGGCCACUUCACCCAAGACAAAGCUUUGCGACAGGAAGGACUUCAGGGCCCGCUGGCCUGGCCCCAUGGCGCUCCCGGAGCUGCAGCUGUAUCCAGACCACUGGGAGUGGCCACUGAAGAUGAGCUGGUUGGAGAGUUCCUGCAAGAGCAGAAUGCCUCUUCAUUAUCUCGUGCACCCCAGACCUUUAAGAUGGAUGACCUAUUGGCUGAGAUGCAAGAGAUUGAACAGUCAAACUUCCGACAGGCCCCUCAGCGAGCUCCAGGUGUGGCAGCCUUGGCACUGUCUGAAAACUGGACCCAGGAAUUUUUGGCUGCAGCAGAUAGUGCUGGUGAUGUCUCUUCAGAUUACAAUGAGGCUGACUGGUCACAGGAGUUCAUCGCUGAAGUGACAGAUCCACUGUCUGUGUCUCCUGCCAAGUGGGCAGAAGAAUACCUAGAGCAGUCAGGGGAGAAGCUGUGGCUUGGGGAAUCGGAAGACCAGUCUUUGGCAGAUAAAUGGUAUGAGGAAUAUCAGCCUGAGGAUGACCUGAAGAAAACUGUUAGUGAUUUCCUUGCUAAAGUGGAUGAUCCAAAGCUCAAGAAUUCUGAGGGGGCAUCCGAUGCCUGGGUGGAUCAAUUUGCACGAUCUGGGAGCAUGUCAACUCUUGAUACGGAAUUUGAGCAGGCAAAGACUGCUGUGGAGUCAGAUGUGGACUUCUGGGACAAACUUCAGGCAGAAUGGGAGGAAAUGGCCAAGAGAGAUGCAGAGGCUCACCCUUGGCUCUCUGAUUAUGAAGAACUCAGCUCCUCCUCAUAUGACAAGGGUUACCAGUUUGAGGAAGAUAAUCCUAUGAGAGAUCACCCGGGUGCCUUUGAAGAGGGGCGUAAGCGCUUGGAAGAAGGUGACCUCCCCAAUGCUGUCUUGCUCUUUGAGGCUGCGGUGCAACAGAAGCCAGAUCACAUGGAGGCCUGGCAAUAUCUGGGAACCACCCAAGCAGAGAAUGAACAGGAGCUUUUGGCAAUCAGUGCCCUCAGACGGUGCUUGGAGCUGCAGCCUGGGAACCUCACGGCGCUCAUGGCCUUAGCAGUCAGCUUCACCAAUGAGUCCUUGCAGAAGCAGGCGUGUGAGACCCUGCGGGACUGGCUGCGCCAUAAACCGGACUAUGCCCACCUGCUGGAGAAGGAGUUGGAGGAGAAUGUUUCAGGGACAAACCUGGGGCCUGCCAAGCGUGUCCUGGGUUCCCUGCUGUCUGACUCACUCUUCAUGGAGGUAAAAGAGCUGUUCUUGGCAGCAGUGCGCAGCAACCCCUCGACCGUGGAUCCUGAUGUUCAGUGUGGUUUGGGCGUCCUUUUCAACCUGAGUGGCGAGUAUGAGAAGGCUGUGGAUUGCUUCAGUGCUGCGCUCAGUGUGCGCCCCAACGACCAUCUUUUAUGGAACAAGCUUGGUGCCACGCUGGCUAAUGGGAAUCGGAGUGAGGAAGCUGUGGCUGCUUAUCGUCGAGCGCUGGAGCUACAGCCAGGAUACAUUCGCUCUCGCUACAACCUGGGCAUCAGCUGCAUCAACUUAGGUGCCCACCGUGAGGCUGUGGAGCACUUCUUAGAGGCUUUGCAUAUGCAGCAGAAGAGCCGAGGUCCACGGGGGCAGCAAGGCGCUAUGUCUGACAACAUCUGGAGCACCCUCCGCAUGGCUCUCUCCAUGCUGGGACAGAGUGACCUGUAUGCGGCAGCAGAUGCCCAUGAUCUUCCUACGCUGCUUCAGGUGUUUGGCCUCCAGCAGUGACUCCGGGAUGGGCUCCCUUGCGAGUGCAGGGUUGGCCCAGCUCAGCAGUGACCUUCCUUGGAGAGAAAACAUUCAGUAGGUUUCACAAGUAUCUUCGCUCUGGUAGGGCAGAUCGCCUCAGCUUUUUUUCAAGGACCUCCCGCUGAAGUGUGCAACUUCCUCUACCUGUCUGUUGUGGCCUGAGCAUCUCUGCACAGUUCACAUUAUCACCUCCGUGGCCGACUGACGCUCUGCUGGUUCGCAGAUUAUCAAAGCGGGGAAGCCCUCUUGCCAGACUGUUUGCAGUAUUGCCCAGCUUGGCUGUGAGAUUAGAAUGGUUUAGGAGCUGUUCUGCAGGGACUGCCCACGGGACGUGUGUGGGGUGCAGGUUCCUUCGGUGGAGGGGGAGUGCCAUUUGAUGAAAGGGUGAAAAAUUCUGGGUUAUGAGCAUGCUUCCCCCAUGUAUGUGCUUGCAUGUGUGUAUGUGUGGGUUGUGAGGGGAAAAAUGGCUUCUGGGUACCGAUAACUUCAUGGUACAGCCAAAUACUAAGUUUCUCAGUGUCUCUUCAUGAACCUUUUAAGAGCAGAUAUGGGGCGAAGCCCCUUACCCUGUCACAGUAAGAGGAGAUCCCAGAAUUCAGACUUGAGGGAGUGUGAUAGGAAUAAAGUCUCAAAUAUAGGCUCCCCUCCCAGAAUAAGAUGGGGAAAGGGUCAAGUCUCAAUUUUCACUUGAUCGUCUGCCGUUGUUUUCCUUUGUGCAGAAGUUCCCUGUCUUGCGUGUAACUGAAUCUUGUUAAUUAUAAAUAUCUGUAUAUGAUUCUAUUGGGGAAAAUGUUUUUUAAUUGUAAAGUAUUUUGUACAAUAAAGGGGGGAGAAUUAAGACUGCCAAAAUGA